AUGCUUGGACUCCGGGAGUCCAAGAUGCGAGCAAUGGCUCUGGUCGCAGUCUUGCUGAGCAGCUUAUUCCCUGCUGUGCUUGGGUUGAGAGUUGCAUCAGGCUCACCAUGUGAAUCUCGCUGUAAUAAAUGGGGCUCGUCCGAUAAUACGACAUCGAGCGAAAUCUCAUGUGUGGACGGGGCAUUCAACACCACAUCCAAGGGGAAGGAUUUCCAGGACUGUAUUACAUGCGGAUUGGAAAGUACCUAUGAGGAUUCAACGUCCGGGGCAACCGAUGUAAACUGGGCUCUUUGUAUGUUGAUCUACGGUGAAGCUGCGCAAGCUAGCGAGAUAGUUAAUCUGCGAUACGCCCUUUCGAGCUGCAUCUUUGAGUACCCCGAUCAUGUCUCCAAUGUUUCUACGCCUUGUCCGGUUGCCUGUGGAACUGUCCAACCCGCCAUACAACUUGACAUCGAGGAUCCUACCGUGGACAACAUCGGCACAUGGUGCGAUUCCUCAUCCUUCGCAGACAAUGUUAUCAACACCUGCGAGUUCUGUUACAACCUCACAAGUAACCAAAUCUACCUGGCAAACUUUAUGGAAUCCAUCCGGUACAACUGCCACUUUCCUACAACCACCGGCGAUGAGUUCGCCGUCUCCCCCUCAAGAAUCUUCACCGAAUCCCUCCUCCCCUCCAGCAUGUCCCUUUCCACACCAAGCUCAGGAGGCUCCCACGUAAACCUAGGCUUGGUAAUUGCCGUCCCAGUCCUAGCCUUCAUAAUCAUCUGUCUUGGUAUCGGAACAUGCUGCUUCUUCUACAUCCGCUACCGCAGAAGAAAGAGUCGCCAAAGCCGCUUCCAAAGCCAAGCGGAGUAUCCCAACGUUCCACCUGAGGGGUUCGGCGACCAAACAAUGUACUCUGAUUACCAGGCCUUUGCCCAGAGCCAUGCCGCUGGGUAUGGUCAGCAGGCGUUCAAUGAGCAGUAUGGCCAAGCACAUGAGAUGUAUGGAAUCAAUACUGGUAAACAGGGGUUCCAGGCGCAGAAUUCUGAGAUGACUGUGCCAGAACCUCAUGCCGGUGCUGAUCACUAUGGCAUUCAUGCCAUUGGGACAGACCAGAAGCACCCUAUGUAA